GUCACAUUGGAAGCGACUCAUCAUGGACCUGAAAUUAAUUCACCUACAAUGUUUGUAGAAAUCGGCAGUACGGAAGAGUACUGGAAGAGGCAGGAUGCUGCCCAAGCCAUUGGUUUAUUAGUGUGGGAAGGUUUAGGGCUUGGUGGAGGAGCUGCAGUAGGAGACUGGAGCCGGAAUAAUGGUCAAAGCGAAAUCCUCUUGGGAAUUAGUGGUGGACAUUAUGCACCAUGGCAUAUGGAUAUCGUUUUGAAAGGUGGUGUUUGGGUGGGCCAUCUGCUUUCUGGGUAUUCAUUGCCAAUGGAAGAUCUGGGUCAAUCUAAACAGACAAAUGUGGAGGGUGUUGGUGGAACUUGGAGAGAAGCAAUCAAACUUUCCUGUGAGACUACGAAGGCAGCUUUUCCAGGGGGUGAAGUUAUGGCACAUCUUGAUCACAAGAGUUUCAAAAGUUGGCAAAGAAAUGCCAUUACAGGCUUUUUAGCUGAGCAGGACAUUAAAAUUGGCAAACCGAGCGACUUCUGCUGAAUUUCCCGGGUGAUGAUAGAUUAAUUGAUUUAUUUUUAUUUGUUAUCCUAGUUUUCUUUUACUGCCAAUCCCAUACCAUGUUCUUAAAACUACUAUUCUUUGAAUUUAUGAUCAUUUCCAUUCUAAAAUUGUAAAUAAUAAUUGCCUAAUCCUAUAAAAAUGUCGGUGGCUGCAUAUUUUUGACA